CGGCCGGUCGAGUUGUGUGCCAAACGCUCGGCACCUGUCGCCUCACACGUGUUGCGUUCCACUUGCGCUGCGCGUUUCCUUCGCACACCCGCGUACACCGCGGCGUAUACGUUACGUUACGUAUUGUGUUUCAGCCAAAGCGAAAUAAUAUAUGAUUAUAGUUAUGUGAGACGAGAGUGGAGUGCUUCAGAGCCAGGAUUUCAAGCACCGGAAGUGAUUUUACUCAUACUCAAAUAUUUAAAUAGUUAAGCAGAGAAGAGAGAGAAUUAGAGCCCACAAGAAUGUUAAAUAGUUCACCCAGUUUUGCUAGAAGGCGGAACAUCAUCAAUGUGAGUGCUGCGGAUUGUGUGCUCUUCCACUAGAGCUCCGCGCCGCUCGGGGGCAAUGAAAUCGCGCAAGCUGCCAAAGGGCUUCGUGCUUUGUGGCCUCAACUGCCUGACGUUCGUCUACUUUCCGCUCGUCCUGUCCAUCCUGCGAUGCUCGGCCGGAGCGGCGGGGGCGGGGACGGGAGCGGGGGCGGGUUCGGCGACCGGCGGCGGUGGAUCAAAGACCGCCGACGACUUCGACUACCGGAUGCAGCGGGUAAGGAAUGUGCUGAAGGAAGUGCCCCUCAUCGACGGACACAACGAUCUGCCGUGGAAUAUCCGCAAGUUCCUCAAGAACCAGCUGAAGGACUUUCACUUCGGCGGAGACCUGCGGGAGUUGGCUCCCUGGUCGUCGAGUGCCUGGAGUCACACGGACCUGCGCCGCCUGAAGGAGGGCAUGGUCUCCGCCCAGUUCUGGUCCGCCUACGCCCCCUGCUCGUCACAGCAUCUGGAUGCAGUGCAGCUGACGCUGGAGCAGAUCGAUCUGAUCCGUCGCCUAGUCCAGCUCUAUCCGCACCACAUGGCGCUGGUCACGACUGCGUCGGGAAUCGAGCAGACGCACCGGACGGGAAAAAUUGCCAGCCUUAUUGGCGUGGAGGGCGGUCACGCAAUUGGCACCAGUCUGAGUGUCCUGCGAAUGUUCUACCAGCUGGGCGCCAGAUACCUGACUCUCACACACACCUGCAAUACACCAUGGGCGGACUGCUGCAAAGUUGACGAGCCUGGAAAGUACCCGCACAUAGGCGGCCUCUCGCAGUUCGGCAAGUUGGUGGUCAAGGAGAUGAACAGACUGGGCAUGAUUGUUGAUCUGUCGCACGUUUCGGUGCCCACGAUGCUGGAUGCACUGGCCGCCUCGAGGGCGCCGCUCAUAUUCUCGCACUCCUCGGCGCACGCCAUCUGCAACAGUUCCCGCAACGUCCCCGAUCAUGUCCUGCAGCGCAUUGCAAUAAACGGCGGUCUGGUUAUGGUGGCCUUUUAUCCGCAUUUCGUCAGCUGCUCGGGACAGGCAACAUUGCACGAUGUUGUGGCGCAUAUCAACCACAUAAGGGAGGUGGCCGGCAUCGAUCAUGUUGGCAUUGGAGCUGGCUACGACGGAGUCAACUUAGUGCCCAAAGGACUGGAGGAUGUGUCCAAAUAUCCGCAUCUUUUUGCUGCCCUGCUCGAGUCUGAUAAAUGGUCGGAGGAGGAUAUUGCCAAGUUGGCUGGCAGGAAUCUAAUACGUGUAUUCAAGGAAGUCGAAGCGGUACGCGAUCAGAUGGAGCUCUUGCGAGUGGUGCCCAUCGAUCAGUCAAUUCCAGCCGAAGAUAUUAUGGGCAGAUCCUAUUGUCGUUAUCAAGGACCAAGAACGUGAUAAUUUCUCCAUUUGUAAAGUUCACUCAUAUGCAUAGCGUUUCAUUCAUCGCAGGCUCGUGGUGAAAGCGGCUAAAAAUUAUGUCAAGCGUACGUGUUGUAAAGUGAAACUUGUUUUAGGUUAAUUGACAAAGUUUUCCUCCUCUCUGCUGAAUGAUGUUGUUGUUUUCCCAUUGUUUUUGUAGCGUAUUGCUUGUGUGUGUAUGUGUGGCAUGAUGCUGCACAAAUGUACACACACAUUUGGGAAAAAACCCGACAUUUUGCAAUCGCUCAGAGUCAAGUAGCUGCCCAACUGCUGUUGUAACACUAUUAAAAAAUGGUCAAGAUGUUAUAAAGGAUGUGUAUUUUGUGCUUAACACUUUCUCUUAUUUUUUUUCAGUUUUACUUUGUGUUUAAGUCAUGAAAAUUUUUAAUCGGAUACAAUUUUUUGAUAGUCUUGGCUUUACAGUAGAGAAAAAUCUAUUAGAAAUUUUAAUAUUCAUUUAAAUAAGUAAAAUGGCUUUAAUACAUCCAGCACAUCCUUGAUCGAUUUUUUUCAGUGCAUACAACUUUGUGCGCAGCUGUCACCGCCUAUGUUUAUAGAAAGUGGCAAGAGGAGACCGCCACCCAUCCACAAACGCCCCCAAUACCCCCAACCCUUCGCCCCUUCAUUCCCAAACUAGCCAACAUUGUGUAAAUAUCAUUGCCAUGUUUGCUUUUAUCUUUAGCUCUAGCUCUAAGUAAAAAAAAAAGAGGAUAUCUCAUAGCACACAAAAGAUAGAAAAAAAAGCCUAUAAUAGCGAAAGUAAAGCACAUUAAGCAAAUUAAUAAAGAAAAGUGAAAUCAAGAAAAAAACCAAGGCUUAUCACAAAAGUCAAGCUCAAUGUUAGUACAGAAGGAAAAUCUAAUUUUUCAUCAUGUAUUUUUUCUAUGAAAAAGUUAUUAAAGUUUACAAAGAAUAUAGCUAAUAGUUAAUGAAAUAAAUGUUGAAUUCUUAUAUGCGACUGUUGCCGGGCUCAUUUGGAACUGGUAACGAAUGGAGUUCGUUAAUCUGCCUCUAUUAGCCCGGCACUAGCACCGAAACGAUUUAAUAAUAAAACAUUAUGCGUUUAAAGAGUUUUUAAUUUCGUUAUUGACCUAGAUGAAAUUCGCAUUUAAUUAGUUAAUUAACAUUAAACACUUAAUUAGCCAAGGCUUAACAAAAAACAAGGAGAACCGAAAAAAGGCAUGUAAUUCAAUGCAUGAAUUGAAUGUAACCACAUUUUUUCCAUAAUUUGUAAAGCUUUAAUACCAAUCUUUUAAUUAAUAUUAAAGUAAAGCAAUGCUAUUUCAAAAGCAGCAGAAUGGUAAAUAUAUUGUAUAAUUAAUAGAUCAAUACAAAAUUCAACCCGCCAAAAUUGCAAAUAAGUUCACAAGCAAACCAAUUAAGCGAGAAAUAAUAUUAAAUAAAAAUUGUAUAGAAUGCAAAUGGGUAAAACUGUAAACGCGUUUGUUCAAGAACCAUUUAACUCAUAUACCUACACUCUCACCUAUAUCACACACUCAUGUAUGGAUAUGUAUAUUUAAAUAUUUUGUUUUAAUUUAGUCCUUAAUUUUGCAUAGGCAAAUAAAAGUUUUGUUUUGGACGGGGCCAACAAAAAGUUGCAUUCCCGCAACUUUUUGCAGCUCAACUAAUACAUUACAUUUAAAAACUUGUGUUGAAAAAAAGAGGGAACGAUAAAAAAUAGAUACAAAUUCAAGGCAUAUUUAUAGUUUAAGCCAGGUGGAACCGAAAAAAAAAAUAAAUGGCAAAAAUAACACAUGUGAUCAAAACUAAAAUUAAAUUAAAGAUCUAUAUUAUUAAAAGUAAUGUAUUGAUAUAAUUAUUUAAUGAUGAACAACACAAAAAAAAAAAACAAUGGAAAAUAACAAAUAAAUCGAGUAUAACUAGCCUAUUAUAAAGUGAGAAACUCAACUGUAACCAAGAAGUAAAAUACUUCAAAAUGCUGAUUAUGUGAACAGUGUUUUACCACUCUGUAAAUAUUUGUAUGAAUAAUGAUCAAAUAGUUAUAAUAAUUUAUGUCAAGUUGUGAAACGGAAACAACCAAAAACAAGAUAAGAGUAUACAAAUUAAUUCAUAUGUGUAAAUUGGAAGAUGUCAUUACUGGCCAGGAAAAAAACAUACCGAAAGGAUUAUAAAUAAAUUCA